CCACCAAAUAUCUGCCAGACAUAGGUGCCCUGUCAAGUGGGGGCCACUUCUUCAUGCCUCUCAAGGUCAGAUGUGCCCACUGUUCUGUUCUGGAAUAAAAUUCAGAGAGGACCAUACAUUGGUCACACUGCUGUUUAGGGCAGAAACAGGAUGCAAACUCAGGCCACUAAACAAGUCCGGUGUGGGAACGAGGCUAUCUGGUGGCACCCUCUUUUUCCAGGGUGCUAGUCUUUCAAUCUUGCCUCAAUGUGUCACCUGUCUGGCUCCCCCCAUGCAGCCAGUAGGUGGCGCUGUGGUCACAGACAGGACUGUGAUCAGAGGGCUGCGGUUUGGAGUGGGGGCGGGAUGAGGAGGAGAUGGGAGGGCGGGGACUCCACUGAGCCUGCCACUCUGUCCUGGAGCCUCUGAAGUGAGAUGCUUCUAUAGCACCUCCCUCUAUCCUAGGACCAGCAGUGGGGUGGAGUCCAGCAUCUCACCUCCUCAGGGUAGAUGUGGGUGGUUUUCUCUUGGGCUUCACUACCAAACCCUUGCAUACUGGCUCCCCUAGGAGAGGAGCCUGACCCACUUCAGGGGAGCCCCUGGCUGUUCUCAGCUCUCAGUGUCCAGUGAUGCAGGUUUUUUCUUUUUUCUUUUUCUUUUUUUUUUGCAACUCGGGAACCCUGGAAUUUGCCCCCUUCCUAAGGAAACAGUGCACCUUCCUAGCUCUUCCUGGUCUCUGGGAAGCCAGGCUUGGUUUCUGAGUUCUAGGGUGGCAGACCCAUGAACUGUGCUGGGCCCAGUGGGUGAAGGACAGAGGAGCUGCAUUGUUGACGGAGGAGCCAGGCAUGGGUCUGUGCCCCUCUGGAGACAUUCAUGUCAGGCUGGGAAUUAACUGCAAGACUUUUAUAAGGAAACCUAGGGGACAGGAGAAAUGACAUUGUCCUCCCUGGCCAUGAAACCAAAAGCCCAGGGGAAGAAGGUGGAGAAGACAGUGUUCAAGCAAAAAAACUUCAGCAAAGCGAGGAAAUAGUGAAACGGAAGGCAGCCCUCCCCUUUGCCCAGCACACACCCCAGCCAGGGGAAGAUACUGACAAUCACUUCUCUAUGAUAAGGAGUUACAGCCAAACAGUAAAAGAAAACGCUCAAGUCAUCAACAGAGAAACCCCGAUGAAAGCAGGGCAGGAGUUGGGUGACGUCAUCCAGAGUGGACAGACAUCUGACCGGCAGAUUCACGCACAGGCCCCAGAUCCAACUACAAGCAAGGACAUCCACUUCUUCUGAGGUUGUCUUGGUUCCUGGGCCUUCUUAUAGCCUGCAGAAGGACCCUCCCAGUCUCCUGGGCAGCCAAGUAAACAGAAGUGGGACUGCUUCUGACAUGGCUUCCCCGUGUUCUGGGGACCUCAGCCCCACUGGUCUGGCCCCGCCCCCUGUCACCACUCCAGGACCGGCUGCACCCCCCGCACCGCGCUUCCCCGACAUCUACGGCGGCGACGCGCAGCUUUGGGAGGCGCAUUUCCGCGGCAUCGGGCGCGCCUACCGCGCUUUGGGCAAAGAGGACGACUUCGCUAUCCGCGUGCUCACCGAGGACUUCACGCUGCCUUUCCCGUUCGCCUGGCCGCCAGGCCCGGACCCGGCCACCGGGCCGCUCUUCUACGACCCGCGGGACCGCGCGGGCUUCGACUUCCUGCUGCGCGGCCCCGGCGCGCCUCCCCCAGCGCUGCUGCGACCCCUGCACGCCACGGCGCAGGCGGCCGAGCGCAAGCGGCGCCUGGAGCGCCUGGCGCUGAGCUACGCCGGCGCUGGCAGGCCACCCGGCUUGGUGCUGCUGGCGCCCGCCGCCGCCGCCUUCCCUCCCGAAGCUGGCCGUCCUGCUUGGCGCGCCCUUCCCCGUGACAGUGAAUAAAGCCUCUGCUUCUCCCGUU